AUGAACCUCCUUCUCUUGUUGUGUCUCUGUGCGACACUAUGUCUCGCACUGCCAAUUCAAUUUGUCCUUAUCGGUGAUACACCUACUAUUCGCCUGCGUUCAAAUUCUCCCAGUGAAACUAUUAAGCCAAAGCCCGUCAUGACAGCCGAAGAGCAAGAGUUUUCUCCCAAGCCGACUUUCCGCGAGUACGUGGAGCGUCUCCGUUUGGGCAGGCCGUCAUCCGCCAAAGGACCCAGUCCGGAUGCAAAGUGGCCGGCGGGAUCAGAAUCCCAGAAUCAAGAAGAUGAGGUAUCUUUCUUUGGAAGAAAAUACGGCCUCCUGCUGAGCAGCUCGAGUCAAUCGAAUAAAGGCGAGCACGAGCAGCAACGUCAAGCCUCUUCGUCUUCGCCCUCCCGGCGAUAUGGUGUAUUCCUGGACAAAGUCAGCAAAUUUGUCGAACUGCAUGGCCCAAAAUAUCACUCCAUCGCAUCAAAUCCGUCAGCAAGCCUCCACUCAGAGCCAGACUCCUCACUUGGCCGUCUCUAUGGGACGUUCCUGGGUGGCAUGGACACUUUAAUGCCAUCCGAAAAUCACCCAAAGAAUGCGCUCGCAAAAUCCAGAUUGCGGAAGUAUGGCUCCUGCAACUCUUCGAAGCCCAUUGCCUCCUACCUCAAUCCGUCAGAGUUACUUGACCUCCUCGACGCUCAUGGUCCGGAAUGCGUCGCUGUGGCUAUCUUCGUUCUUUUCCCUCUCGCCUAUCUCGUCCUCGAGUUAUUUGAGCGGAUCCUCAAAUGCUGCACUCACGAGAAGUACCCAGAGCGUGGUCGUGAUCGUGUCCGGCUCGUAGGUCCGGAGAGACAGCUUCGGGCGUGGAGUAAUAGACAGAGGGAGAUUGUUCUCGAGGAGAAGCAAUGGUGGUCGCCCCGGCAGAUACGAUCAAGAUAA